CACACAUUUGCUGAGUCACUGAACACAUAGAGGGUCCUGCAUGCCUGACACUCGAUAGACAGCUGAGAUAAGAUCAUUUCUCUGACAAGACCUCAAACAAAGCUUCCUCAGGCCUUCAUUUAACUGAUUUGGAUUAUCUGAGCUGUGAAGCUAUUUAAAAAAGAAUGGAAAUUAAUAGUAGUCCAAAUGAUGGGUGUUACAAGAGAUUACAUUUAGACGUCUGCAUUGAUGAGCGCAGCCCUCGACACGGGGUAUCAGAACUGAUCAAGAAACUGCGGCCAGAGUGGAAACCAGAAGACAUUCAGAUCAAGGCUUUCACUGAGGGCAUCACCAACCAGUUAAUGGGCUGCUAUGUGGGCUCUCUGACAGAAGGUCCUGUUUUACUUGUGAGGGUUUAUGGGCAGAUGACGGAGCUGUUUUUGGACCGAGAUAAAGAAAUGGAGAUGUUCCAGGUGCUGCACAAACACGGCUGUGGCCCAGAACUCUACUGCAGCUUCACCAACGGCAUCUGCUAUGAGUUUGUCAGAGGAGUCGUGCUGGACGACACACUGCUGAGACAGCCGUCUGUUUACAGAUUGAUUGCAACAGAAAUGGGAAAAAUCCAUUCCAUAAAGUCAGGAGAAGUUGGAAACAGUUCAACCGUGACACCAGUUUUGUGGUCUAGAUUGUCCCAGUUCCUGAACCUGGUCCAGAGAUCUGAUGCUGCUAAACAGCAACGGUCCAGUGCCCAUGUGGAGGCACCUAGCCUAAAAAUCAUCAUCAAAGAGAUGGAGGAACUGAAGACUCAUCUUACCCACAUCAACUCCCCAGUAGUACUGUGUCAUAACGACCUCCUGACUAAAAAUGUCAUCUAUAACCAAGAAGAAGGCACAGUAAAAUUCAUUGACUAUGAAUAUGCUGAUUUUAAUUACCAAGCUUAUGAUAUUGGAAACCACUUUAAUGAAUUUGCAGGUAUCAAUAACGUCGACUCCAGCCUGUACCCUAGUCGUGAGCUUCAGUUUGAUUGGCUCACUGCUUAUCUGGAGAGUUUCAAGAGCUGCAGUGGUGUGGAUUCAGCUGUGACCAAGAAAGAGGUCCUGGAACUUUAUGUGCAAGUCUGCAAGUUCUCCUUGGUGGCUCAUCUGUUCUGGUGUCUAUGGGCUCUGCUGCAGGCAAAACAUUCCACUAUUGACUUUGACUUCAAGAGGAACACAAAGAAACCGUUCAUUAAUUUUUUAAAUUAGUAUUCAUCAAGUGCCGGUCAAGCAGGAAAUUACAAUAUAACGAAGACAUGUUGACACCGGCGGAGACGACAGCACUGAAUAAAGCCGCUCGUUUCAGCCUCCUACGGUUCUGCUGCUGCUGCAACAGACACAGUAGUCCAGCGCAGCAGCUACACAUUGUCAUGUUGUAUAAUAAGAAAACAUCUGUAUUGAAAACCCCUCCAUGUUGCUGUUGUUGUUUUUUCAGUAUACCUACCAACACAGCGUCAUUGCCAUAGAAACCAAUGCACAUAUUCCAGAAAACGAAAGAGCUCCACAGGACACACAAAUUGGAUCUGACAUGGUUGUGAUACUCAGUCAAUACUUUAGAUCAGAUUCUAAUUGGGUACAGAAAUAAACAGAUUUGGACAGUGCAUGUGUUGUUUAGUUUGAUGCCUGUUCUUCGAUGUUAACUGGAGUAAUUAGAGACUCGGUUCAAUAAGGUCUAGAACACCUGGAGAAAGAUGCAUUAGGGUCAUUCCUCGUCAAAUCAACCAAAUUUCGGAAACUUAUCAGGCUCAAAUUUUUGAUUUUGUUGAUAUUUUUUUUUUCUGUACAAAGAUAAACAUAAAUAGUGAUGAAAGACAAAAUAUUAAAUGUCACAGAUGUAUAUUUACUGAGUAUUUUGUAGAGGGGGUCAAAAUGACCAUUUUCACCUGAGAUUUGGAGCUGAAUUAGAGGAGUGUAAAAAUUACAUUAUAAAGAUGUCAGCAUCAUUAUUUUAUUUUUACACAGAGAUCGGUAGGUCUAUUAGUGAAAUCUGUUGACUUUAUCAAUCUUUGUUUCAUUAUAUGCCAACAGUGACAGUUUAAAAAUGGCACUUCUUGUAUUUUUUCCUCAAGUUUACAUGCCUGUAAUACAAAGAGUAUUAAAUAUAUCUUAAUAUCCUUCUAGAUUAUCCUUCUUAAUAAACGUUCCUUUUGAAAUCUUAAUUUCCACGGCCCUAUAGUUCAGUCCCAUAGUUAAAGCAGAAAUGUAUCUUGUUUCCUUCUAUCAAUAUAAUUGCAUAUAACACACCUCUGAGUACCAAAAAUCCACUGAAAAUGUUUGAGCCACAUUAACUUGCUCUCAAACAUGUAUUUAUAAGAAUCCAUAUUUGAAUCAGUUUUAGGGAUAUUUGGAAGAUGUGACUUUGGUCAUUUUAACAGCUUCUGAAGAUACCUAGAGUUCAAAUACACAGUAUCAAAACGAUAUCUAUGAGACUGAACCAUCGAGGGCCUUAAAAAUGAAGAUUACAGAAGAAAAGUUUAAUAAGAACAAGAAUCUAAAAUGACAUUAAGAUAUCUUUAACACUUCUUGAAUUAAAGACCUGUAAACUUCAGGAAAAUGUUUGUUUGGCCCUCACACAGGUGUGUUGAAUUCAGAGGAUUCAUUUCUAGUUUCAGUAUUAUUUGUUCUUCAGACAUUCUUCUUUAAACACAAUGACUAUCAGCUGUUUAAAAAGUUACCAACAUUUUGUUCUUGACCAUUGAAAAUGAGUAAAAUUCAACCAUUUGAACGUGGAGUCACAUUGGGGUCCCAAUAUCAAUGGGAAUGAAAUAUAUAGGGCCUUAAAAUAUAAAGAUUUCAAAAGGAAAGUUUAUUAAGAAUGAGAAAGAAAGUAUCAGCUGUAUAGAAACUGACCCACAUUUGGUUUCUGACCACUGAAAAUGUGUACAAUUCACCAGUUUACUCAUGGAACCGUAUUGAGAUCUUCAUAUCUCUGGGAUUGAACCAUUGAGGGCCUUUAAAAUACAGGCAUGCAAACUUGAGGAAAAACACAAGAAGUGCUUUUUUCCAUUUUUGAACUGUCACCAUUGGCAUAUAAUGAAACACAGAUUGAUAAAGUCAUUAGAUUUUACUAAUAGAUCUACCAAUCUCUCUGUGAAAAUAAAAUAUUGAUGCUGCCAUCUUUAUGAAGUCAUUUUUACACCCCAGUAAAUUGGCUCCAAAUUGUAAUUUUCACCCUCCUCUACAAAAUAGUGGAUUACUCAGUAAAUAUUCAUCUGUGACAUUGGCUUUCAUCACUAUUUAUGUUUGUCUUUCUACAGAGAAAAAGAUGAACAAAAUAAAAAAAAUGAGCCAGGGACCUCUGGAUGAGUUUACAGUUGAGUUGCCCAUUAGCAUUUCAUCUCGAUACUGUUAAACAGAUCUACACUGUUAAACACUCAAUUUGGUUUUUGUGUGUUAAAAGUGAAAAAAAAAAAAAAAAAAAAAAAAAUACAGUAACAUAAUACAUAUUUCAAGGUUUCACUUUCUCUUUAGUGAAGUUGCUAUUAUUAGUAAUCAUCAUUGACUAUUGUUGUUCUCAAAAGGUUUUGCUUUUAAGAAACACCUUGAAUUUAUUUGUACAUUUUUCCCUCUUUCAAUCUUUCUCAGGUAUUCCAUGGCUCGAUUCAACUACUACUUUGAGAAAAAGCAAGAG